GGGCCGCGGGACCGGGACCGCAGCCGGAGACGGGCCGGUGCCUCUAAGGACGGGGAGCAGCCGUGCCGCCAGCACCGCAGAAAGUCCCCAGUGCUUCCUCUAAAUUAAAGUGCCUUGUCACCAGUUAGGGCAAGUCAGCCAAGGUGUUGUGAAAUGAGCAGAGAAUGAAUUUUAUUUGAAGUAAGCUAAGAGAAGCAUAGCUUUCUAGCUAGAGCAGGGAUCUGGACACCAAGAAGCAGCUAAAGCAGCAGUAGGUUUGAUUUGGCAAGUCAUUUGGAAAAGGAGGAGUGGAGAAGUGCCCUGUAACCACUGAACAAUAGAAAAUGGCCGGCUGUGGAACUCUAUUGUGAAGACCUCAGAAGAAAUACCAAUUUUUCCAGUAAGCUUUUCAUAAUGUAAAUAUAAUCUGAGCUUUCCCAAAUGGGCAGCUAAAUCAUGAGCAAGCAGAAAAACCCAUUUUGGACUGUAUUUCUGAACCAGGCUUCACCUUGUUUCUCGGGAACUUGUUAAAGGAUUACAACUCAAAAGACAAGAGAAAGAAAACCUUGAACAGGAAGCUUAUCCUACAAUGAGAAUUACAAGUACAUCUUGUAUCUGCCCAGUCCUAGUUUGUCUCUGUUUUGUGCAGAGGUGUUAUGGAGCUGCUCACCAUGGCUCCAUCAAGGUGACUAGAAACCAAACCAAACACAUAGAAGGCGAAACAGAAGUACAUCAUCGUCCCAAGCGUGGAUGGGUGUGGAAUCAGUUCUUUGUUUUAGAAGAACACAUGGGACCAGAUCCUCAGUAUGUAGGAAAGCUGCACUCCAAUUCUGACAAAGGUGAUGGAUCAGUCAAGUACAUUCUUACUGGAGAAGGCGCAGGGACUAUCUUUAUUAUUGAUGACACGACUGGAGACAUCCAUUCAACCAAAAGCCUAGAUCGAGAGCAGAAGACACACUAUGUGCUUCAUGCCCAAGCUAUUGAUAGACGGACAAACAAACCACUCGAGCCUGAAUCUGAAUUUAUUAUCAAGGUGCAGGAUAUCAAUGACAAUGCACCAAAAUUUACAGAUGGACCAUACAUUGUUACUGUGCCAGAGAUGUCUGAAAUGGGUACAUCUGUUCUACAGGUGACAGCCACAGAUGCAGAUGACCCUACAUACGGAAACAGUGCCAGAGUAGUGUACAGUAUUCUUCAGGGACAGCCAUACUUUUCUGUUGACCCUAAAACAGGAGUGAUCAGGACUGCCUUGCACAACAUGGACAGGGAAGCCAGAGAGCAUUAUUCUGUUGUCAUUCAAGCCAAAGAUAUGGCUGGGCAGGUCGGAGGGCUAUCGGGUUCAACAACUGUAAAUAUCACACUCACUGAUGUCAACGACAAUCCACCCAGGUUUCCUCAGAAACAUUAUCAACUGUAUGUUCCUGAAUCAGCUCAAGUUGGAUCAGCAGUUGGCAAAAUCAAAGCAAACGAUGCAGACACUGGUUCAAAUGCAGACAUGAAGUACACAAUUAUAAAUGGUGAUGGCUCUGGGGUGUUCUCUAUAUCUACUGACAAAGAAACAAGGGAAGGAAUUAUUUCGCUGAAGAAGCCACUCAACUAUGAAAAAAAGAAGUCAUAUACACUUAAUAUAGAAGGAGCGAAUACUCACCUUGAUUUCCGUUUUUCACACUUGGGGCCAUUCAAAGAUGUAACAAUGUUGAAGAUCAUUGUUGGUGAUGUGGACGAACCUCCGCUUUUCACUAUGCCUUCCUAUGUCAUGGAAGUUUAUGAAAAUGCGAAGAUUGGGACUGCUGUUGGCACAGUAACAGCACAGGAUCCUGACACUGCCAACAGUUUAGUGAGGUAUUUCAUUGAUCGUAACACAGAAGAAGAUAGGUAUUUCACCAUUGAUGCUAAUACUGGGACCAUUAAGACUGCCAAGAUCUUUGACAGAGAGGAGACACCUUGGUACAACAUCACAGUGGCUGCUUCUGAGAUAGACAAUCCUGAGCUAGUCAGCCAUGUUCAAGUUGGUGUUAGGAUCCUGGACAUCAAUGACAACCCUCCAGAGCUUGCCAGAGAGUAUGAUGCAGUUGUCUGUGAGAAUGCAAAGCCUGGUCAGGUAAUUCAGACUAUCACUGCAACUGACAAAGAUAACUCUGCAAAUGGGGCAAGAUUCCAUUUUUCCCUUGAUGAAGGGCUUUCUUUGAAUCCCAACUUUACUCUAAGGGACAAUGAAGAUAAUACAGCCAGUAUCCUGACAAGACGAAGGAGAUACAGUCGAACCACUCAAGAUACCUAUUACCUCCCUGUUUUGAUUUCUGAUGGUGGAGUGCCCCCUCUCAGCAGCAGCAGUACUCUCACAAUUAGGGUUUGUGCCUGUGAGAAAGAUGGACGAGUGAGAACUUGCCAUGCUGAAGCUUUCCUCUCCUCGGCUGGCUUGAGCACAGGAGCUUUAAUCGCAAUCCUGCUCUGUGUUGUCAUUCUUCUUGUUUUCUCUUUAGCAAUUGUCGUCCUUUUCAUCACUCUAAGACGCAGCAAGAAGGAGCCACUGAUCAUUUCAGAAGAAGAUGUCCGGGAAAAUGUUGUGACAUAUGAUGAUGAAGGUGGUGGAGAAGAAGACACAGAAGCAUUUGACAUCACAGCACUGAGGAAUCCAUCAGCUGCUGAGGAGCUAAAAUACCGGAGGGAUGUUCGCCCUGAAGUGAAGCCUGUGCUCAGGCAUCAUGCCUCCUCAAGCCUUGACAGUAUAGAUGUUCAGGAGUUCAUUAAACAAAGACUGGCAGAGGCUGAUCUGGACCCCAGUGUUCCCCCAUAUGACUCCCUACAGACAUAUGCCUAUGAGGGUCAUAGAUCAGAAGCUGGAUCUAUCAGCUCUCUGGAUUCAGCCACAACACACUCUGACCAGGAUUAUAAUUACCUUGGAGACUGGGGCCCUGAGUUCAAGAAGCUAGCUGAACUCUAUGGGGAAAUAGAAUCAGAAAGAACAACUUAGUUGUAAUUCCCAGAACGAAGAAGUUCGUAAACAACUGGAGAUAUAAUGACAGCAGUGGUAACAAAAAAUGAAUACAGUACUUGGAACUGAGCAAGUUAUAUGCAGUUACUGUAGAACAAGUGCCCUUUUCAUAUCUGAAACUGGGUUCUCCAAUUGAAAGAAAGUCAAAUUUUGAAAAAUACAGAAAAAAGAAGCUAUUUGUCCCUUGUGUAUAUUUUUUAAUUGCUCAAUAAAGUCUGUGGUACCGUAUCUGUAACAAUACCUAAAGUAAAGCCAAGCAAUGACAUUUUUAUUGCAAUAUGCUUAACAUCUCAAAGCUACCAUAAGUUUAUGGUCAUGCCAGUUUAGGAAGAUAGCUAAUGGAGGAGCAAAUCUCUUUCAGGUUGCAUUUCUAGCUGUGCUCUAGCCUUGUGAUCCCAAUGUGAGGUAGCCAAUGGGGUUUACUAUCAGUGUGAGAAGUGCUAAGCCUGUUUCCUUUACAGAAGGGGUAAACCACACACCUGUCCUCUUAAAUGGUCCUUUGAUGAUUUAAUCUUACUGAAUUAGCAAGUUUCAUCGAGAUAUCUUUUUGUUAUGUCCUUCAUAAUCUUUUCAUCCACAACCAGCUAACAGUGGGAGGACGUCAUUAGCUUGUAGCUCUAACGUGGCUCUAGCCCAUAACCCUAGGCCUGCUCUGUUCCUGUGUGCUAUAGGAACUGUUGUUUCCAGUGUUGUGCUUUUAUUUUCUGUCUUUUCAUGGGAACAUCAUUCAUUUAAAUGGAAUGGGUCCAAAGUACUCUUCAUGCAGCAAAGCAGAUGAAGCAUAGGCUCUUUCAAUAAAAACAGUCAUGGCAGCACUAUUAAACUAUGCAGCUGUUUGGUUCACUGUGCUUCACUUACGUCAGUAGAUAGAGCUUUUCAAGUCUUCUGCUGUUCUGAGUCCAGGAGCCACAC